AUGCCCUAUCAAGAGGUGAACUCGGCAGGCAAACGUGUGCUGUGUCGCACCGGAAAAUUUGCCAACUCGCAUGCCGGAUUCGAUAGUUUUCCCCGAGAGCAGCGUGCAACAAGUCUUCUACAACAGCUCGCAGAAGGAGAGAUGCUUCUUUUCAAAGAAAAGAUCAACUAUAGGUUGGCAGGAAGUGUCGAUGGAAUGAAUGCAGCCAAUGGGGGUCUAGAAGUGGUGAACGGUAGCCACUGCAUGGAUAUUCCUCUCGGCAGCGAUCGCUGCAUUGCGUCAGAUUGGGCCGAAAGCAAUGUAUGGACACCCGCUGAGCUUGAAUCAGGCAUGCAAAUUGCAAAGUCUCCAACACAUUCAUCGCUGUUUCAUUAG